UGAGGCUUUUUCGUUUUUCAGUCGCAGUGCCAUUGCAUUGCCAUAGUGUCAGUCAGUAGGGAUCUCUGACUGAGGAUACACGCGCUAGUCAAUCUACUCGGCCAUGUCGGCCACGGGCUAGGCAUGUGAUACAGGGUAUGGGGCGCCGUUUGUCAAUUAAUUGAACUAAUACUCUACAAGGAUGGAAGACAGACUGCAAACACGCCAGGCAACUGUUGAUGAGCUGACAGCAUUCAUUGAUGGAAGUCAUCAACAGCUGGAUGAGUUACUUUGUCAUUUACAAUGGGACAAGGAAGAUAUACUUGCCCAGAAUGAAGAGAAGAUGAAGGUGUGUCCCAUUCAUUCCCACCACCUUGUACCAGAGACUUGCCUUGAGCAACACACUCAUGAAUGUCAGCUGGUGGCUCAGGGAUACUCCAGACAGAAACAGAAAGAAAUCCCAGCCUCACAUAGUUUCUUCUAUGCCAGGUCCUCGUCUGUUGUGCCUGUGAUUAUAGACAAGGAAGCACAAGACGAUAUCUUGUCCCAAGUUCCAGGGAGCUCAAGAAACAAGGAAGUUCCACGAACCAUAGACCGUAUGGAUAAAGCCUUCACAGCAGCAGAGAAACUAGCCAUCCACCUGGCUGUAUUGGAGAAAUCUAAAGCUGCUAGGCAGCAAGAAACGGUAUCCCUACAAGAUCUGGAGUUUGAUCCAGAGGCAUUGCUUAAAAAAGAUGAACCUGCCAAGCCCAAGUCUAGAUUGGAGGUCCUGGCUGAGUUACGUGACUACAAACGACGUCGUCAAAGCUACCGAGCCAAGAAUGUUCACAUCACAAGGAGAUCACAGACAGAGAUCAUGAGGGACGUGAUUGAAGCUCAGAUGAAGGAGUUACAACAAGCCUUACAAGGUGACGAAGGAUCUGUCAAUAACACCGAACACAGAGGGCGCUCUUCCAGCCCAGAUGGGAGGAGAUCACGUGAUGCUAGCCACAGUCCUAUCCGCUCUACAUCCAGAAAGGACAAUGGUCAGAAUGAGCAUUAUUCUAAGGGCCACCGAUCCUCAAACCGGUCCAGUUAUGAUUACGAGCCUGAUCAUCCAAUCAGACGUGCUGAUGUCAGGUCACGUGAUCAAAGUCCAAGUCCAGGACCAUCUGACUCAAGGUAUGACAGGGAUCGCAACAGGCGUCAUAGAAGCAAUGAGAGAUCUGAAAGUCCACAUGUCAAAGUUGAGAAAGUUGAGCGGAUGACAUCCAACGAAUCAAGUCAUAGCCCUAGACUAGUAGAGUCAGGGAGAGGGGAGGAUUCUACUAGUAGAUCCAGCACACCUCAUGCCAUGGCAGGUGUCUCCAUCAAGGUAGAGAAAGAAUCAAGAAGUCGUAGCCCUAGCCAAAGCAGACGGGAUGAGAGAGAGCAUGACGAUAGAAGCCAUCGUCAUUCCAAACAUAAACAUCGGCAUAAGCACAAGCAUCAUAGCAGGGAUAGCAGAUGAUGCCUUUAUCUCUUAUUCGGAACCAUCUUGUUACCAGCUCUUCAUUUCAUGAUUGUGUGAUUCAUGUACUUGUAUUUUCCCUUGAUGAAUGUAUUCUGUUUCAGUACAUAGAAUCCAAGUAUAUGUGUGCAAGAUAGAGGGCGCUGUCCUGGCUGACUCCAUUGACACACAAAUUAAAGUCGAUGUUUGAGGUCAGAAAUAAAACACAUCCCAAAAAGUCUUUUUGGCAUUACAGCUCCAUAGCUGGUUUCAUUUUUACCCCUCUGUCCAUCCAUACGUACUCAACAGGAAGGACAUGUGGAGUGAUGGCAUUGUGUUCCUUUUAUCCCUUUUUCUGAAUAUUUCACACCCGGGGCUUACUGGUCUUGUCAUCACCACUGAGAUGAUUUCUCUCGCCGUGUUACCCGUCUGAAGAGAAUCUCCAAUCUGCCUGGAUUGGAUGCCAGUCCAUCGCAGGUUAUUUCCCAGCUAAUGCCUGUAUCCAUUUAUACUCCUGGUGGAGAGAGGCUUGCCCAGGGACACAACAUAUAACCAGCAGCUGGAUUCGAACCUCUGACCCUCUGAUCAUGAGUCACAAGCCCUAACCACUACAUGUAGGUCACACUAGAUACACUAUUUCAAGGUUCUUCUAUAUUUGUCCAAAAUAGGCACAAUUUUUGAGCAAAUAAAGGCACUUGACACAGUGGAAUUAGGGAGUACAAAGCACUUAACAUUUCAUCUUCAUUGAAGUACGUUUUCAGAUUUAGUAACUAAUCUAAAAAUUAAAGAUUGUAAAAUGUAAUUUUUGAAUUACAUGAAAAGGGAACAUGUAAACUGAAGAUGGCAUUUUUAUACCAGCCUCAUUUGCUUAGCAAUGUGAGCUAUUGAGGUCGUCAUUUCAGCACUGAUGUGUGGUUUCAAUUACAAAACACUCCCAGAUGCAAGUCAUCCUUCAUUAUGUGAAACUUCAAGUAGUGAUUUGUUUCCACAUUACUUAAGUAUCCCAUACUGUCAUGACUGUUGUAACUUAGGAUUUUCAUUUCCAGCAGGCUCUGUAUUCAUAUUUCCUAGACCCAUAUGAUAGGUCACCGAGUACAUUUCCUAUUUUCGUGCAGACAGGUUGCCAUUUUCCAUUUGCCCACAUUGGAACUUUUAGACAUAUUAGAAGCACAUGUAAGAUAAACUAAACUGCACUUUUUAGCUGUUUUUUUAUUCAAAAGUCUCCGAGUUAGAUACAAGCUGAUAAAAAUGCUAGCAGACAAAAAAAAACAAGUGGUCAGCCACAUGUCGCCUUUUUCUGCGAUCGAUCCCUACAUGUUUUGUGUUCUUAAAAAAAGUCAAAUUUUGUGCAAUGACCUCAAAUGACCCCAACAUGACCUUUAAUCUCAGUAAUCCGAUGAGGAAUUGUGUCUUCCCACCCAAGGGUCACUGCAUCCAAGUUUCAUCAAAAUCCAUGAAAGCAUGUAGAAGUUAUACAUUGUUUUCAAAUCUCUAACAUACAUGCAGGGCUACGGGCAAUCCAGCAGAUGGAAGUUCUGGUACUCGUGCAAGGGAAUGGUACCCAAGGGAAAUCUUGAGAAAAAGGGAUAAAAGGACAACAAUGCUCCUACUCCAGAACUCCCAUCCGCUGGAAUGGACAUCCAGAAUUUAGGACUGGUGUCUCCCAAAACUUCAUUUAGGCGGCACAAAAAUGAAUUUUACAGUUGUAAUUGCUGCUAGCAUUUUGAUUAAAUUAAAUUAAAUAAGCUUCCAAGUCUUGUUAAAAAUAUCGUCAUUCUGUUGAGAAAGCAUCACAUGGUGCAUCUGUAUUGAUCACUUAAUUAACUGAUGGCAAAUAUGUAUAGUGUGCUGAGGUUAUUUGGUGUGUUGCCGUGAGUUUAUCAUGAAUAAACUUCGUUGAGUUAAAUCCACCAUGUGUACACUGUUAUAUAGUGCAGACAUUAUUUCCAUUUUCUGAAAAGUACAUGCAUGUAUCUGCAAGUUAAGUUUUUAUUUAUAUUCUGUGGGAGGAUCUAGACAGUGGCCCUAAAGGUCGAUUUUUAUCAAGAUCCUCAUUCUGGUCAAAAAUAAGACUGAAAAAAAAAAUACAGCACCCUAGUAGAAAGAUUUUGGAUGAAUUUCUUAUUUAUUUGCUUUAUAAUGUCUGUGCACAUAUAAUCCUUUAAGCCUUUACAGAAGUAUCCAACAAAACUUUGAGGUAUUUUCAAUGCAGGCUGUUCAAUGCAGGCUGUUCCAAACAGCACAUAUUUUUAUCUGUGUGAUGAACAGGAUUUUGAAUAUUAAACGAAUAAAAACAAAUUGAAACAAGACAAAAUAAAAUUGCAACCUCUCUAAAGAUUUAUUUUGAUGUCACUGUUGUUGUCUUUUCAGAUUAUCUUACAAUCUACACACACAAGGGUAUUUUAAUUCAGGAAUUUUAUACAUUUUUUUUGUCAAACUUGAUGGCUGAUAGCCUUGACAGGAACCGAGACUGAUGCAAGUCUACCAGUGUAGACAUCUAUAAAACUCGCCCUGUAUUGAGCCAAAUACAGUUCAUUGGUCAAAUCUAAAUAUUGACUUUUUGGAGUUGUUUAUUUAUCUACAAUACUUAAAGAGUAAUACAUUUACAUACGUUUUAAGUAAUUUAACGUCAGUUACACGGUUGUUACUUUUUUUUUUUAUUAUUGCAAGAUUAUAUAUAUAAAUA